ACCGCCUAAAGCCCAAACCACCUCUACGCCUAUGUUAAAUUAAAAAUUGAAUCGCGCACAGUCUCCAGCUGGCGGAUACCUAACCUCGUCGUAUCGCAUUGAAGAGUUGUGUGUACACAAGUUUAUAAAAAGCGCUGCAUUUUAAUCUAUCCAAAUACGUACUACAGUUAGUUCAAGUUCAGUUGUCAGUUGUUCGGCAUGCACUGAGACUGAAACGCUGGUUGGGGGCGCUUAUCGAUCGCUUUGGGUAUUAUUGUGUGGGCUAUUCAAGUGAUCUCACCGGGUUUAAACAUUCGCGGAUGCCCUAAAAAAAGAUUGUGAAAAAAUUUGGUGCUAAAUAUAGAUAGAUGUUCUAGGAAUUAAGUUGGGUUUCGAAAAUGGAUUCCAGUAAGAAACAUGUUAAACCCAAUCCCGAAGAAAAGGCUAAUCCUCUUUCAGUUUUAUUUUAUUGUUGGUUCCUUCCAUUUUUCAAAUUCGGCUACUCGAACGAUGUAAAGCUGACAGAUUUAUACAAUGCGACCAAAUCAGAUUUAUCAGGGCCAUUGGGCGACCAUUUACAAAGAAACUGGGAAAACGAUAUUGAAAAAUGCAGAAAUCAAAAUAAGAAGAAACCGAGUUUGAAAAAAGCAAUUUUCCAGACGUUUUAUAAACCGUACACGCUGUCAGGGCUAGCUUUAUUUUUCCAAUUUAUUAUAAUAAGAAUGAUACAACCCAUAGUUUUGGCCGAAUAUAUUAAUUUCUAUAACAAGCAAUUACCGCCAAAACCGAACGAAGUAGGCUGGGGUCUAGCGACAAGUGUCAUCGUUCUAGCCUUUUCCAAUAUUAUUAUUUCACACAGUACGAAUUUGGGAACUCAAAGAGUUGGUAUGAGAGUGCGGAUUGCAGUUUGUUCCUUAAUAUACAGAAAGCUUUUAAAAUUGAGUCACACAUCUCUUGGCCAAACGGCGGCAGGUCAAUUGGUGAACCUCCUUUCCAACGACGUCCAAAGGUUCGAUACAGCAUCUCCGUUCAUCCAUUAUUUAUGGAUAAUGCCUUUUAGUGUAGUGAUCGGAUUUUACGUUAUGUACCGUAGCGUUGGAAUGUGGGGAGCCAUUGCUGGAAUGGGUUUGGCAACGAUUCAAUCCAUUCCGUUACAAGGAUAUUUUUCAAAAUUGCAAGGAAGCUUGAGAUACAAGAUAGCUGUAAGGACAGACAACAGAGUAAAACUUAUGAGCGAAAUUACGUCUGGUAUACAAGUAAUCAAGAUGUAUGCCUGGGAAAAACCGUUUGAAAAAAUUGUUGAGUUGGCCAGAAAAUUGGAAAUCAAAUUUAUCGCAAAAACCUCUUACAUCUACGGUGUCAUGUCAGCCAGCGGCAUCUUCACCGAAAGAAUUACUCUUUAUCUAACCAUCAUAGUAUUUGUCAUGGUAGGAAACAACCUCUCAGCAAACGUAGCUUUCUCCUUAGCUCAACUGUUUAACUCCAUGCAACUUAUUUUGUCCAUAUUCUUCCCCAAAGCCUUAUCAUCGUACUCAGAAGCAGUAGUGUCCAUUAACCGAAUCGAAAAUUUCUUGUUAAUGGAUGAAAACGAAGGAUCAAAAAGCGUCAACAAUAAAAUCAUCAAUUCUGAUAAUACGGGAGAGGUUCAGUUAGUAAAUGUCACCGCCAGUUGGACACAACAUUCCAUUGUUCCCACGUUGAUGAACAUCGACGUAAAAAUCAAACCGGGCAUGCUGUGUUGUGUUGUAGGACAUGUUGGAGCAGGCAAAAGUAGUUUUCUGCAAUUGUUGCUGAGGGAGUUGCCGAUAAGUAGCGGGAAACUGAAUGUUACUGGAAAAAUUUCGUACGCUUGUCAAGAACCGUGGCUGUUCGUGUCCAGCGUAAAGGAUAAUAUAUUGUUUGGGAAAGAAUUUGAUAAGAAAAGGUAUAAAAACGUCGUUCAAGUCUGUUGCUUAGAAACAGACUUCCAACAAUUUCCGUUCGGCGACAAAACUUUAGUUGGCGAGCGAGGAACAUCUCUUAGUGGAGGACAAAGAGCAAGAGUGAAUCUAGCUAGAGCUGUUUAUAACGAAGCUGAUAUUUAUCUGUUUGACGAUCCACUAUCAGCGGUUGACACAAAAGUAGGACGACAUCUUUUUGACGAAUGCAUGGUGAAUUACUUGAGGAACAAAACCAGAAUUUUGGUCACUCAUCAGCUUCAGUUCAUGAAAAAAUCGGACCUGAUUAUAAUUUUAAAGAACGGUAAGAUAGAGAAAAUUUCGUCAUUCGAUCAGCUAUCGGAAAAUGAACUGAAUACUUUACAGCAAGAACCUACAAACGAAGAAAAAAAUAAAACCAAAGAAGAAAUUCCGGAAAAGAAGUCACCGUUGGAACAGUUUCAGUCAAUAUCAUCUUUAUCGAGUUCAAUUAUGGGUAACGAAGAUCCCGAAGAAACUGAUGAAUUGAUAGCAAAAGGCAGUAUUUCAAAUUCCACUUACUGGGAGUAUUGGAGUUCCGGUAGUGGAAUUAUGUUCUCGGUCCUCACACUUAUUAUGUUUAUUCUGUCCCAGAUGAUCACAAAUGCUUCUGAUAUAUGGCUGAAGAAUUGGACUAACAUUGAAGAAAGGAGAAACAUCCUAUGUGAGAAUAUUGCUUAUGAGCACAAUUUUACGCAUACGGCUACUAUUUGUUCACCGGUGUCAUUCUCUUCAUUUCUGAAAACCCUCACUCCACCAACAAUUAGCGAUAACAUAACAGCAACCAUAACAAAUAUGACAGAAACCGUUACAAACAUGACAGCACCAGUUACAAAUGCAACAGAACCAGUUACAAAUAUAACAGCAAAUGAAAUAGAAUUUACUCACAUAGAAACCAUAUAUUACUACAUAUGGAUAUAUUCGGCUUUGAUAAUAGGGUCUGUGGUAUUAUUGACAAUAAGGUCAUUUAUGUACUAUAGAGUGUGCAUGAAGGCGUCCAAAGUCAUGCAUAAUAAAAUGUUUGCGAAUAUACUUCAAGCGCCUAUGAGAUUCUUUGACACCAAUCCGUCAGGUAGAAUAUUGAACAGGUUCUCUAAAGACAUGGGAGCAGUAGAUGAACUACUACCGCGAGCUAUGCUGGAUGCUUUGCAAGUUUUAAUGGUGAUGAUUGGAAUCUUGGCUAUGGUAUUCCUAGUGACACCGUGGAUGAUAAUACCUACUGCUGUACUUUGUCCUUUGUUUUAUUUUUUCCGAAAUGUCUAUUUAAUAACAGCCCAAGCCAUCAAAAGAUGGGAAGGAGUCACAAGAGCUCCAGUUUUCUCACACAUUUCUGCUACGUUAUAUGGCAUAACAACUAUAAGAGCUUCUGGUGCUCAAGAAAUGGUUAUUAAAGAAUUUGAUGGUCUGCAAGAUCAACAUACUAGUACAUGGUACUUGUUUUUAGUCAGCAGUACGGCUUUUGGCUUCUAUCUGGAUUGUCUAAGUAUUUCGUUCUUAUCGCUGAUUACUUAUCAGUUCCUUAUUUUUAAUGAUGAGACCGUAACGAGUGGCAGCGUCGGUCUCAUAAUUUCUCACAGUAUUAUUUUAACCGGAAUGGUGCAAUUCGGUGUAAGACAGAGCGCCGAAGUAGCCAGCAACAUGGUUAGCGUCGAAAGGGUACUAGAAUACACCAAAUUAGAAAAGGAAGGUCCGUUCGAGUCUUUGCCGGCCAAAAAGCCGCCCAGAGAAUGGCCCAGCAAAGGAAAGAUUCUUUUCAAGAACACUUAUCUCAGAUACGCUCUAGAGUUACCGCCGGUACUAAAGAAUUUGAACAUUGAGGUGAAGUCUGGGGAAAAGGUGGGUAUUGUAGGACGCACUGGCGCCGGAAAAUCUACUUUAAUAGCGUCGUUAUUCCGACUAGCUCCGAUAGAGGGAACGAUUUCCAUAGACGGUAUAGACACCCUCGAGAUUGGACUGAAUGAUUUAAGAUUGAACAUCUCGAUUAUUCCACAAGAACCAAUUUUAUUUUCAGCCUCGUUGAGGUAUAACUUGGAUCCUUUCGAAAAACAUAGCGAUGAAGUACUUUGGAAGGCUUUAGAAAAUGUAGAACUCAAAGAUGUAGUGACAGACCUGAAUCAGGCAGUCAGUGAGGGCGGCUCUAACUUCAGUGCUGGCCAGAGGCAGUUGAUCUGUCUUGCAAGAGCCAUAGUUAGGAACAACAAGGUUUUGGUUAUGGAUGAAGCUACUGCUAAUGUAGAUCCUCAAACUGAUGCUUUAAUUCAAAAAACAAUUCGCGAGAGAUUCAAAGACUGCACCGUACUUACAAUCGCCCAUAGACUUAAUACCAUCAUGGAUUCCGACAGAGUUCUGGUUAUGGAUGCUGGACAAGCGAUGGAAUUCGACCAUCCCCAUCUACUUAUGCAAAACCCAGAAGGAUAUCUAAGUAAAAUGGUGAAGGAAACUGGUCCAAACUUAGCUGAGAUGUUGGCAGAUGUCGCGAAGGAAGAUUACGCAACGAAAUAUGGGCUAACUAAUGGUGAUAAAGAAAUUAAAGAAUUGAACGAAAAGAAAGACGAUUGAAUCAAAAUUUUGAUGUAGUAUUGUGAUUUAGUGCCUUUGUUUAUGAAAAGUGACGUUCUUCUGAUGAUGUGAAUACUAGAAAUGUAUUUUUGUAUUCUUUUACAAUUCAGGAUAAUGUGGAAUUCAGAAGUAGUUUUUGCAAUUUGUCAUUUUUAUUUUAUAACGGAUCUAAGUCUGAACUGAUACUUAAAUAUUUAAAAAAUUUCAGGGAUUAUGUACUAUGAUAUUAGUUUAAAUACUAUUUCAAAAGGGCUAAAUUAAACACACUGUGAUUUCAAAUUACCGAGGUGCCAAUUUUACACUUAAACGUUAUGCAUUUAAUUAAGAAUAAUUCUGUUUAUUUGUAAAUUAAAUGUAUUAUUCGGAUUAUUAAAACGUACUAUAUUAUUUAAAGUUCCGUUAUUAGGAAAAUAUGUACAAUCGCGAAAGAAAACAUGACCAAAAAAACCUUCUACUAUACCUUUUUAUAUUUUAAGUUUAAUGUUUAUAAAAAGAAACUAUUUUGCUAUGUAUAAAUAUUUAUUGAUUUUAAUAUAGAAGCGGAAAAGAAUAAAUCUAUUAUAAGUUA